AUGGAUACUCUCGGUGUACGGGAAGCCACAUCGGACGAUUGUGAAGAAAUUUUUAGAAUGGUGAUUGAACUUACGCAGUACGAAAGUCAACCUUUAAACUUAAUUAAAACAACAGCAGAAUCAUUAAAGGAAGAUGGAUUUAAAAACAAGCCUUGGUACAACUGUCUGGUUGCCACUAAAAAUGCAGAAAUAAUUGGUUACCUCUUGUACUUUCGAACUUAUUCAAUGCAACAUGGUCGAUCAAUGCAGAUGAAGGAUUUAUAUGUGAGGUUGGGGCAUAGACAUGUAAGGGUGGGUAAAAGACUGAUAAAAGAACUUAGCAUUAUAGCUUUAAGAGAAAAGUGUAAACUGAUUCACUGGCGCGUGUUGAAUGACAACGGCAACGCAAUCGGAUUUUAUAAAAAUAUUGGAGGAGACAUGCAGAGCAAUGUGAAGAUUGGAGCAAAUAAUGGCGAGUUAAAGAAUUUUGCUACAGUUAGAUUAUAGUAUAAAUCAUCUAUAUUUUAAAACAACUUUGCGGCAUUGUAAUAAGAGACGAAAGAAAUAAGUGAAUACAAUUAUUCUCUGUUUUACUGCAUAGCUAGAAAAUAAACUAAUUAAUAAAAAUGAUAUCUGAUGUUGUUUGUUGCAUGAUUCUCUAAGUCGGUCGCUAGUUCUCUAUGAUCGAACAUCUGCACAUUUUCUCUUGAAGAUUUAGGAAGACACACUCUAGAACAACUGGAAGCUAUGAGUUCAGCGUGUAAAUCGUUCUAAUGCAAGCCAUAUCUUUCGAAGAUGUUCGGUGUAGCUUUUAGGGAGAAUUAAUAAUAACAAGUUGUGUUUAAAAUGUUCAUUACAGUGGGAAUAUGAACUGUGUAAAUUUUUAAGGUCAAAGUACAACUACGGUCGCCGUCAUGACAGCGUUGGCGAGUUCGGUAAAUCAGUUUGUUUGACGUAAGUCUGCGGAGAUGUACACAAACACCUUAGAAAUGAACGAAGUCUAAACGGAUAAACUGUGAUUGUUUGAGAGUAUUUUUUUUACCGUUUUUAAUUAAAUUCCUUUCUCAGAAUAAAAUAAUGUCUCAAUGCUAUAGUUAUUACUUGAAAUAAAGGAUUAAGUGUAUUCGAAUUUAUUAUGGAUUUUUUAGUUAGUUCUCCUUUUCAACAGCCUCUUUAAAUGCUAGAAAUCCACUGUUUGCAAACAUAAAUUCUUGCAAAAUCUAAAAUUUGCAAAAUUUCCCUUUGCGAAAUCGUGAAAUUCAAUUCCAUGAAAAUUUAUUCCAUAAAGGUAUCUUUUUAUGUGC